AUGCUUCUGGUUUUUAUUAUUUACAUUAUAACUGUCGAACCAGAUUUUUCUCCAACAUAUUAUUAUCGUUUUACAACACAAUGGCAAGGUGAUGGUAAAUCUCUUGGUGUUGUUAAUGAUGGUAUAAAUAAUAAUCAACUUAUACUUGCUACAAGUGGUUAUUAUAGUGGACAAUAUUGGAAGAUCACUUCACUCAGUAAUGGAUAUUUUCGCUUGACAACACUAUGGCAAGGUGAUGGUAAAUCUCUUGGUGUUCGUCUUGAUGGUAUAAAUAAUGAUCAACUUCUACUUUAUCCAACUAAUGAUUAUGCUGAACAGUAUUGGAAGUUUAUUUCAAUCGGUA